AUGGCAGUCGCCUGCCCAAUCUGCAACAAGCCCGUCAAGCCCACCGAUAUCAACGACCACAUCGACUCCGGCUGCACGACCCUCAUCUUCGAUCCGAGCACCCCAAUCAUUCCUCCGCCGCAACCUCAGCCGUCCACUCAAAAUGGCGCCGCAAUCCCUGCCUCGCAGUCACAGAAGCGCAGUGCCUCCAGCUUCUUCACGCCCACGCCCAAGCGGCAGAUAACCGACCCCGGUCCCAGAGCCCAAACGCCCAUCGGCAACAUCACAUUCCCGCCGCUGGCCGGCAAGAAGAGGUCGCUUGACGAGGGGCCGCAGGAGGACAAGAAGAUGGAAGACGCGGCGCCGCUGAAUGGAGAUGCGAAUGGAUCAGCAAAUGGGACCGACGCUGAUGGACGAGUAAUAAAGAAGACCAAGACGCACCGCGCAGCUCCCCUCGCCGAGAGGAUGCGACCAAAGACGCUGGACGAAGUAUGUGGACAAGAGCUCGUCGGACCUAAUGGCGUGCUGCGAUCGCUCAUCGAAUCGGACCGUGUGCCGUCCAUGAUUCUUUGGGGAGCUUCAGGAACUGGCAAAACUACCAUUGCGAGGUGCAUUUCCCAGAUGGUGGGCAGUCGCUUCAUCGAGCUCAACGCCACCAGCUCGGGCGUGCAGGAAUGCAAGAAGCUCUUCCAGGAAGCCGCCAACGAUCUGCAGCUCACCGGCCGCAAGACAAUCAUCUUUUGCGACGAAAUCCACCGCUUCAACAAGGCCCAGCAGGACGUCUUUCUGCGGCCGGUCGAAGCGGGCACCAUCACCCUCAUCGGCGCCACGACCGAGAACCCGUCUUUCAAAGUCGCCAAUGCGCUGCUCUCUCGAUGCCGGACAUUCACGCUGCGGUCCCUCGGCACAGAAGACAUUGUUGAUAUCCUGAGGCGGGCUCGCAAGGUGGAGGAGUCGGUUUACCCGCCUUCGCCCCUCAUCGACGACGAGAUGAUGAGCUAUCUUGCCCGCUUCAGCGACGGCGAUGCCCGCACAGCCCUCAACCUUCUCGAACUCGCCCUAUCGCUCACCCUUCGCGAGGGCAUGACGCAAGAAACCAUGAAACAGUCUCUCACCAAAACUCUUGUUUACGACCGCGCCGGCGACCAACACUAUGAUACCAUCUCCGCCUUCCACAAGUCUGUCCGAGGAAACGACCCGGACGCUGCCUUGUACUACCUCGCACGCAUGAUCCAGUCCGGCGAAGACCCCCUAUUUAUAGCCCGCCGCAUGGUCGUCAUCGCCUCUGAAGAUGUCGGCCUCGCAGACAACACCCUCCUACCCCUCGCCACAGCCACCUAUACGGCCACCCAGCAGAUUGGCCUCCCCGAAGCCCGCAUCCCCCUAGCUCACUGCGCCGUGGCCCUCUGUCUGGCACCAAAGAGCACGCGCGCAUACCGCGGUCUGAACAAUGCCUUUGCCGCCCUGCGAGAGCCCGGCGUGGCGAGUCUGCCGGUGCCGCUGCACCUGAGGAACGCGCCGACGAGGCUGAUGCGAGACUUGGGCUUCGGAGCAGAGUACAAGUACCCGCCUAAUUAUAAGGACGGGAAAGUGAGGCAGCAGUAUCUUCCGGAUGAGCUGGUUGGGCGGACGUUUCUGGAGACGAGGGAUUUGGGGACGGUGGUUGAUCAUGAUUGGGAGAUGAAGGAUGUGCCAACAUGA